CGCCACGGCCACACCCACCCCAGCUGUGCUGCGCGCCUGUGCGCUGCGCAGUGCAUGCCACUCCAGUCUCCAGCUCGUUUCUAAUUCCCCCCUCCGUCGCCAGUGCAGCCCCGCUGCAAACCCGCAGGAGCCAUUACCGCCACCACGCCGUAUUUAAUCGCCGGCGACGCGGGCCUGCGCGCAGGAUGCUCUUUGCCUGCCCUGCUGCUGCUCAUCGCUGCUCACAUAAACGCGCGGCUAGCAGCGUCUGGAUCGAUGUCGAGGCGUGCGAUGUACUAGUGGUGUGGUGGGCAGCCUAGGUGGCAACUGCGCUAGCUAGCUCCGCCAGGCACGCCGGCGCCGGGAUCCAUGACAGGCCACAAGGAAGAAAUGAUGGAGCAGGCGGGAGGGGCGGUGGCGACCGGAGGGCAAGGACCGGCCGAGAAAAACAACGACGGCGAACCGGAGGUCGCGGUCUCGGCGGCGUGCGCGCCCAAGGCCGCCGCCGCCGUGCCCGCUUCCUUGCCGCGACACCGGCGGUCCAAGAGCGCGUCCUCUGACAGGAACGCGGAGGCGUGCAAGCAUGGCGGCGCCGCGGAGCAACGCUGCGGCCAAGCUGCCGUCACUCUCACUCCAUGCUCGUCCAAGAACCCGCCGGACGCGAGGAGGUCUUGGGCCACCAUCGCCGGAGGAUCGGUUCACCAGGGGCCGCGAGAUCACAGGCCCAACGCGUCGCCGAACCACCGCGUGUCGCUGGAGAAUGAUGUUAGGCAGCUGCAGCUGCAUUUGCAUCAGGAGAGGUCCAUCAGGGUCAUGCUUGAUCGGGCGAUUGGCCGAGCAUCCAGCACUCUAUCUCCUGGCCAUAGGCAUUUCCCAGCGCAGACAAAGGAACUGAUAGGUGAGAUUGAAUUGCUCGAGGAGGAAAUCGCCAACCGCGAGCAGCACGUUCUUACUCUCUACAGAAGCAUCUUUGAUCAGUGCAUGUCUGGGCCAUCAUCGGGGCAGAGCUCUGGUAUUUCGUCCCCCGCACACACAAAGAAUAUCACUACUAGGGCUAGAAGGCAGCCAAGCAUAAUAUCAAGUGCGUUCUGCUCAUCCAAGAAGCUCCCAAUUCAGCCUUUCCACAUCAUGGAGUCGCUAUCCGAGUCGGGAAGAACCAAGAAUAUGGUCAAGGCCAAGAUCAAGCAUCAAUCUUUCUCAAGUGAAACGUUGGAUAUCCAUCCUACAUCAUUCCCACCAGAUCCGAAAAAGUUACCUUAUUCUGGGAGUAGUUCUCUGGCCCGCACUCUGAAAGAUCACCUUUAUCAAUGCCCAAGCAAAAUAUCAGAAGAAAUGGUUAGAUGCAUGGCCUCCAUAUACUACCUUCUGCGCGCUGAGGCACCAGAAAAGCCUGAAAAGGCCCGUUCACCAUUCUUGUCAAGAUCAUCGACAAAUGUCAUACUUCCUCGGAGGGUGAACGGGGAGGAAAAUAGUUCAUCAAACAACAGUUGUACUGUGGAAAUAGCUUCCAUAUCAGUUGACAAGAACCAGAUGCCAGAUGUCUCUUAUGCGAUUACUCACUACAGGUUGCUUGUGGAGCAGCUUGAAAGGGUUGAUCUGAGCAUGUCAGAAAACAGUAUUAAAUUGGCCUUCUGGAUUAAUGUGUACAAUUCUCUUAUCAUGCAUGCAUAUCUGGCAUACGGAGUUCCUAACAGCUCGCUGAAAAGAAUGGCACUAUUUCACAAGGCUGCCUACAACAUUGGAGAACACGCCGUUACUGCCAAUUCCAUUGAAUACGCCUUGCUGUGCUUCAGAUCUCCACGGCUUGGUCGUUGGUUCGAGUCCAUUCUCUCGACGGCGAUGAUGCGUAAGAAAUGCGCGGAUGAGAAGCAGCUGGUCCAGCUCAAGUUCGGCCUGCUGGACUGCCAGCCUCUGGCCCUUUUCGCCCUGUGCACCGGCGCUUCAUCAGACCCCAUGCUGCGGGUGUACACGGCGAAGAACGUGAUGGAGGAGCUGGAGCGCGCCAAGCGGGAGUUCCUGCAGGCGACGGUGGUGGCGCGCAAGUCCAAGAAGAAGGUGUUCCUGCCGCGCCUCGUGGAGCGGUACGCCCGGGAGGCGUCCCUGGGCCCCGACGACGUCCUCCCGUGGGCGCAGCGCGAGGCCGGCGACGGCCGGGCGCAGCAGGACGACGCCGCCGGCCAGCGGGGCGCGGGGAGCCGGCGCAAGGCCGCGCAGGCCGUGGAGUGGCUGCCGUACGCCGCCAGGUUCCGGUACGCCUUCGCCAGGAGCAUGGUGGACAAGCCACACUGCUAGUGCUAGCUGCCUCGCCUCGCGCGGACACGUAUGUGGUCGCUGUGAUGCAGCGAUAGCCGAUGGCCAAAUGUUACCGUGUAAAAUGCGUCGUUGAUGCUGCAUUUGUUGUGAUUGGGAUCGUUGGAAUGGAACGCGUGGACUCGUGUAGCAAUACUACUCAGUUACCAAG